CCUUAAGGACAAAGCUAACGUAUAAUCUGUCGGACCAUGGGUUUCUAACCAAAGAUCUGAUUUUUGUGGAAGGGAACGGAAGGAAGAAACCUGGGAACAAUCAAAGGGAGAGAUGAAGCUGAACAACAAGGACACCAACUUGGUUGUUUCGUGGAUUAUUGCGGUGGCCCUGCUUUGUGCGUUCUGUGAAUUAGGGUUUUGCAGGGAAGACGAUCGCUUGAUAAAAAUGAAAACUCUCGGCGGAGUUCAUGAUUGCAAGGGAAUGAAGAACAGUGCGGAGAUGGAGAGCAUCGGCCGUUUCGCUGUCCAAGAAUACAACAAAAAGCAGAAUGCUCUUCUUGAGUUCGGAAGAGUGGUGAAAGCCAAAGAGCAGGUAGUUGCUGGUAAGAUUUACCAUCUUACUUUGGAGGCAACGGAUGCUGGGAAGAGAAAGAUAUAUGAGGCAAAAGUUUGGGUGAAGCCAUGGAUUAACUUCAAGCAGCUGCAGGAGUUCAAGCAUGCCCAUGAUGGCCCUUCAUUCACUUCCGCUGACCUUGGUGUCAAGCGAGGAUGGCAAAAAGUGCCAACUUUUGAUCAAGUGAUCCAGCGUGCAGCACUUCAUGCUGUGAAGACCAUCCAGCAAAGGUCCAAUUCACUGCUCCCAUAUCAACUGCUAGAUAUCCUUCUAGCUGAGGCUGAGGUAAUUGAAGAUUCUACUAAAUUUUCUAUGCUUUUAAAGGUCCUGAGGGAGAGCAAGGAAGAGAAGUUCAAGGUAAUCGUAACUAAGUACAUCGAAGGAAAGUUUUAUGUGAACCAGAUGGAACAAGGUCACUCCUGAAAUGUUGGUUACGUAUUACAUUAAAAUUAUGUAAACAAUACAGCCCAGCAUGUAUAAAAUAUGGAUAAAGCUACUUACGUACUAAUACCACGGUGUGUAGGAACAAAGCCUUUCGGCGAGUGUUCUGUUGGUUGUAAUUAAAUUUGUGAUCUGGAACCAUGUCUGAGCUUGUUAUUAACUUAUUAUAUAGAUAUGUCUUUUCAAUGAUUUA